CUAAUGAGUGGGGCCUGUAAAGUCAUAAGCCGAUCUCGACUCAGGAGCAGGAAGCCCUGUAAUACUUAUGGAACACCUACUCAGACAGAAUGUAUUGUUUACAUGAGUUGCAGUUGAGGCAGAGAUGCGGGCAUCAUAAACAAAGAGGUCGAAACCGAUUGUUUUGGAAAAGGAAGGACGCCUAUGUAAGACGUUUUUUGUGGUCUUAAUCAUUUGUUGUGGUCAAGAGUGGUCAUCAUGCCGGGGAAUACAGAUCCUCAGCCUAACACCAUUCGGGUGAAGCUUAUCAAGCAGAAACAUGGUGGCCUUGGCUUUCUUGUCAAGCAGCGGACUAGUAAACCAUACGUCGUGGUGGCAGACCUGGUGUCAGGUGGUAUCGCCGAGGAGAGCGGAUUGGUGCAGGUGGGUGACGUCAUUCUUAGGAUAAAUGAUAUUAACCUGACCGAGAUGAGUUACGAGAGCGCAGUCGAGAUACUGAAGGCCGUGCCGAUAGAUGCUCCAGUGGUACUGUUGCUACGAGGACCUGAAGGAUAUUCCACCCAUCUAGAAACCACCUUCCAGGAAAAUGGCAUGCCCAAAACCAUACGUGUCACUAAACCGGUAGAUAAUACCUUUGUUGGUCGAAUAAAGAGGACAUUUGCCACAACACCUUCCCCGCUCACGUCACCGGUACGGAGCUUUAGAAAAUUGUGCAACGGUGACGAAGCGAGUCCUAAAGUUGGACGAAAGGGCAGUUCAAAGUCCAAAAGCGAGAAGGGCUGUUCCAUGGAAGUUGGAAGCCAAGAAGACAUAGAUUCCAAGCUUCGUGAUGCAAUAACGCAAACGACAACAGACCAGCACGUACCCAACGGUGAGGUUCCUCGUUCUAAGACAACACCAGAUAGGUUUGACGAAACCAUCUUAGACACAGGAGCUCACGGUUCGCCUAAAAUUAUUCUGAGUAGUCCAAAGUUCCAGACAAAUGGACCAGAUAGUGUUGUGAAAAUGAACAGAAUGAAUACUGAAGGAGGAGUGAGUGAGAUAAAGGUUCGGGCCAUCUCCAGCCCAGCCCGAAAGAGCAUUGAGAUAAUUCAGGACAAUGAUGAGAUAACGGUUGUAGUGAAAGGUGAUGUCAAGAUACAGAGUGACCAUGAAAACGCGCCCGUUGAAUGUGUUCAUAACAAGACGCCCCAAAUUUCGGAACACAAGUCUGAUAAGAGAAAGAACAGUCUCACGAGUCCGGACAAAAAUGGGCACACGUCAGAAGAGGAGGUGGUCAAGAAGCCCGAAAGACGAAAGAGUACCACCAUGACAAGCCCAAACAUGUCCAGAAGGAACGACCGAAGGGCUUCCUCCGCAACUCCGAGUCCCAAGAAGUACACGAAGUUGAAGAACCUUAUUGACGACAAGACCACCAUGGACAUUCUCCACCAGAAGCAAAUAGAGCCUGUUCCCUGCACCGCAGAGCGAUGUAUGGGGUCCAUCUUGGCGGAGCCGAGCAAGCGACCCCCCGGGGUCCCCCGUCCGAGGGAGGAGUUGCUGGUUCAUGCCAAGGAUUUCAUUGAUCAGUACUACACGUCGAUCAAAAGGUCCAACACGGCAUCCCACCAGAAGCGGUGGGCGGAAGUAGUCGCCAGUGUGGAGAAAACAGGCACAUAUGAUCUGACCUUCGCAGAACUGACUUUCGGUUCCAAAACGGCGUGGAGAAAUGCCCCCAGAUGCAUUGGCAGAAUUCAGUGGUCAAAGUUACAGGUGUUCGACGCCAGGCACAUCACGACAGCCCGGGGCAUGUUUGAGGCCUUGUGUAACCACAUCAAAUACGGAACCAACAAAGGAAAUAUCAGAUCUGCUAUCACGAUCUUCCCUCACCGUACCGACGGCAAACAUGACUUCAAGGUGUGGAACUUCCAGCUGAUCCGCUACGCUGGUUACCGUCAGCCCGACGGCAGCUUCAUAGGCGACCCUUGCAACUCUGAGUUUACAGAGGUGUGUGAGAAGUUGGGAUGGAAGGGCAAAGGAACUGAAUUUGAUGUCCUGCCGCUUGUCCUGUCGGCUGGAGGUCACGACCCGGAAGUGUUUGAAAUUCCAACGGAACUGGUUCUUGAGGUGUCGAUGAAACACCCGAAGUACCCCUGGUUUGCCGAGUUGGGUCUGAGGUGGUACGCUCUCCCGGCGGUGUCGGCCAUCUUGUUUGACUGCGGCGGCUUGGAGUUCACCGCAGCCCCCUUCAACGGCUGGUUUAUGGGGACAGAGAUCGGGGCCAGAGACUUCUGUGACGUCUCCCGCUACAACAUCACUGAGAAAGUUGCGCUGAAGAUGGGUUUGGACGUCCGUAAGAGCUCCUCUUUGUGGCGUGACCGGGCCCUAGUGGAAGUUAACGUUGCAGUCUUACACAGCUACCAGUCCUCAGGUGUGACCAUCACUGACCAUCACGCGGCGUCCGAGUCGUUCAUGAAGCACCUGGAGAACGAACAGCGUCUUCGGGGUGGCUGUCCGGCGGACUGGGUGUGGGUGGUACCGCCCAUGAGUGGAAGCCUGACACAAGUAUUCCAUCAAGAGAUGCUUCUGUACAAACUCAAGCCAUCAUACGAGUAUCAGGAAGAUCCAUGGAAAUCCCACGUUUGGAAGAAGGAUCGUGGAGACAAGUCCAAGUCUUUGGAUCGACCAAAGAGGAAGUUUGGUUUCAGGGAACUUGCAAGGGCGGUGAAGUUUUCGGCCAAGCUGAUGGGUAAGGCUCUAGCCAGGAGGGUGAAGUGCAUCAUUCUGUUUGCCACGGAGACAGGCAAAUCAGAGAGGUUCGCCAGGACACUCUGUGAGAUCUUCAAACACGCCUUCGAUGCUAAGGUGCUGUGUAUGGAGGAGUACGACAUCAUCGACCUUGAACACGAAGCCCUCGUCCUCGUCGUUACCAGUACCUUCGGCAACGGCGACCCCCCUGAGAACGGCGAGGCUUUUGCGAAGAGUCUAUUUGAAAUGAAACACCCGGAAGGAAGCAACAACGGAGACCUGAAGUCCUCCAUGUACCGCAUGAGCUCGUCCAGUGACAAAGAUAUCCGCCCCAGUAACGACAGCUCCUUGAACGGCGACAACGAUGACGACAACCUCAAGAUGGAGACUGGUCCUCUUGGCAACAUCAGAUUCUCGGUGUUCGGCCUGGGGUCACGGGCCUACCCAAGCUUCUGUGCCUUCGGCCACUAUGUGGACACAGUGCUGAGGGAGCUGGGGGGAGAGAAGAUAUAUGAGAUCGGGGAGGGAGACGAGCUGUGUGGACAGGAGGAGUCCUUCCGGAACUGGGCGCAAGGGGUCUUCAAGGCCGCCUGUGACACCUUCUGCCUCGGCGACGACAUCAACAUGUCGGAGGUAGAGGGGGCGUUGUCCAGUGCGGACAAUACGUGGACACCGGGCAAGUUCCGCAUCACGCCCAUGGACAACGAGAAGGAACAGGACAUCUGUGAAGCACUUGCCAAGCUCCACAGUAAAACCGUGAUGCCGUGUAAGGUGAUUGAGAGGACACAGCUGCAGACCCCGGAGUCACCCCGAGAGACUAUUUUGGUUCGCCUUGAUACCCAGGAAGCCAUUGAAAUGACGUACCACCCUGGCGACCACAUCGGAAUCUUCCCUGCCAAUUCGCCAGAACUUGUGGAGGCCAUCUUGGCUCGCCUGCACAAUGCGCCCCCUCCCGACCAAGUCGUAAAGACGGAGAUCCUUCAGGAGAAGGCAACUCCUCUCGGGUCUGUAAAGAACUGGAUGAAGUUUGAGAAGAUGCCCCAAUGUUCACUGCGGACGGGGUUCACGAGGUAUCUGGACGUGACCACGCCCCCCUCUCAGGCCCUGCUCAAGCUACUGGGUACUCUAGCAACACGUGACGAGGACAAAGAAAGGCUAGAGCUAUUAUCGAGUGAAUCCAGCGCCUACGAGGACUGGAAGUAUGACAAUAUGCCCACCCUGGUGGAGGUUCUGGACGAGUUCCCCUCCCUCAAGGUUCCGCCGUCGUUGCUGAUGACGCAGCUCCCCCUCCUCCAGCAGCGUUACUACAGCAUCAGCUCCUCCCCCUGCGUCUACCCAGGGGAGGUCCACACCACCAUCGCUGUCGUCAAGUACAGGACACAAGGUGGUGCUGGCCCUGUUCACGAGGGUGUGUGUUCCUGUUGGCUCAAUACGUGCGAUGUCGGUGAAAUUGUUCCCUGUGCUAUUAGAGCUGCCCCCAACUUCCGGCUACCCGAGGACAGCACGUUGCCGAUGGUGAUGGUGGGUCCAGGCACGGGUAUCGCACCGUUCCGAAGCUUCUGGCAACAGCGGAAGGUGGACCGAGAUAUGCACCCGGUCCCCACACACGGCGAGAAGCGGGGCUGGGGAGACAUGUACAUGUAUUUCGGCUGCCGGAUGUCAACGGAGGACAAUAUAUUUGGGUCGGAGUUGAAGCAGCUGAAAGAGGAAAGCGUCAUGUCCGACUAUUACGUGGCCCUGUCUCGAGAACCGGGCAAGUCCAAGGUGUACGUGCAGGAUAUACUACACACGAACGCCAAGAGUGUAUGUGACGCUAUAAUGAAGCGGGGGCAUUUCUACGUGUGUGGCGACGUAUCGAUGGCGGAUGACGUCACACGAACCCUGGAGCGGAUCCUUACAGAGGAAGGUGGAUUAACGCCAGAGAGUGCUAGAGCCUUCGUCCUCAAACUGAGGGAUGCAAACAGAUUCCACGAAGACAUCUUUGGCGUUAGUAUUCAGAAAAGUUCAGAGGUGACAGACAGGUCACGUGACUCAAGCAAACGUGCGCUGAAAUACAUAAACUCUACUGACAAGCCCGCCAAACCCGACGCGGUGAAGGAAGUAGCCACGCCCAUUCCUGCCUCUGACCGGAAGACCCUUCCUGGCAAACCCAAGGUUCCCAGCAAGAAUAUCUUCAUGAAGCAGAGGAUUGAACCGGAAGGAGGAGUCGAUCGACCGGAAAUGCCAACUGAAAACUGAAGUCGACAGAUAGUCACUAAAAAAAUAUAAAUUUUCUUUCUCUUAAAACCAUAUGGUAGAUGUAGAAAUGCGUGUUUUCAUUGCCGACAUUUAAACUACAAUUGUGGUUGUUGCUUAGAGGGGAGGUAACUCUAAAUAUAUGUGAACAACUGCUGUUACUGUUGCAACAUUUUGAUCACGUGGGUUUUACUGGAGACGCCAUGUCAGGGGUCUCGGUACAAGGUGAAGGUCACCAGGUGUUCCUGUUUUGUCUUGGAGGCCGUGGAGUCUCUGAUACGUCGUUGUUAUGUACAUAAUUCCUUGUUGAGCCAUAUUUCUACGACUAUUUUCUAUUUUGUGGGGCUUCACAGCAAUAUACUGUAGCAGAAUUGCAAAGCGUAUUAUAGUGUUUUCUUCUUUUCGUUGUGUUGAGCACCGUUAAUAAAUAACACUGUUUGAUAUCAGUUCUGUUACAUAUCGGUGCAUACUAGCCAUGGUAGAAUGGUAGAAUUAUAUAGAUUUGGUAAGACGAGAUCCAACGCAUAAAAGGUUGUCCUUUUUGUGCUAUGGUGAGUCAGAUUGUUGAAACGGAUGUAACGAAGUCAGUUUUACGAUUAGUAGGCUAUGAUCAAACUAGUUUUACUACCCAUGAGUCGAAAUAACUGAAUAACAAGUUUCGGGUGUAUCGAAAUGAUUGUGACCAGACGCUCUUUGAGUUCGUUAUGUUUGGAGUUGACCGUUUGAGUAGAUUCACUUGAUACAGUGCAAUGUGAUGCAUUAGAAAAACUAAGUUUCGUUAAACAGGUAAAGAAGGGUGAAGUAAGUCUUGAGUCAAUAGCAGCUCUCUGUGACCGAAUUUGCCGGUAAACCAUUCACACCAGUACCUCUUUCCCAAGAGGCGACUAACGGCAUCGGGUGGUCAGGCUCGCUCACUUGGUUGACACAUGUCUUCGUAUCCCAAUUGCGUAGAUCGAUGCUCAUGCUGUUAAUCACUGGAUUGCCUGGUCCAAAUUCGGUAAUUUACACACCGCCGCCAUAUAGCUGGAAUAUUGCUGAGUGCGGCGUAAAACAACAAACGAACUAACCUCUUUCCCAUUUAGCGUCCAGUACAACACCAAGGAUUAACGUCUCCAGCUGCAUGCCAUAUUGCGUGUGACCCCAACCCAGUCACUGACCCGGGCCAUCUUUACACGCACCUAUCCCAACCCCAACCUCAACCCGAACCCCAACCUCAACCUCAACCCUCCACUCGUAAUAUCUUGUCAUACCGUUGAACCCAUCUAAUCCCUGUCCCAUCUUCCAGCACAUGCAUGCAGACGGGAUCUAUUCAAUCCGCCGACAUCACGGCCCGAGGCUCAAACUAGCUCCAAACCCCUACCCUAUUGUUCCAUGUUGACCACCCGUCCCGGGGAUCAGUUUUCUCCCUUCUCCCUCUCCCUGCGUGAUCCUCUUAACUGCCUUGUUCACGGGUUGUGAUCACUUUUGUAACUCUAUAUUCCAUUAACCUUCAGGCUAAAACACAUUUAACACAGGACAUACCGAUUACUUUAACAAAAACCAAGGUACCUAAACCUAUCACGUAUUUUCCAGCAAACCUACUGUGUUAAUUAUUUUUGUAAUACAACCUCACUCAAAAGCAGGCAACAAUUAAACUGUUUAAGUGUCCCGCAAACUAGGAAUUUGUGUUUUAAUUUACUUAAUUAAGAAUUUACUUCCUAUCUUCUAUCUUACAUCUUUGGUACGAACCAUAAACAGUUUCGGACCCUACAAAGUUCAUGAUAUUUUCUCUCCGGGUUAAACACCCAUCUAUCCCACCUGUACUAUUAAUUCAUGCUUGUAUCUUCAUAAGACAAUAAGACCCGGGUUCGAUCCCACAUGGGUACAAUGUGUUAAGCCCAUUUCUGGUGUCCCCCGCCGUGAUAUUGCUGGCAUAUUGCUAAAAGCGGCGUAAAACCAAACUCACUCACUCACUCAUAAGACAAUACUUCCAAGUGAUUUGACAGCCUUCCGACUGACAAAGGAUCGCCCGAUGUCCUCUCCGUCGCCCCUCAUAUAGAUUCCUCACCUUUGUUAACGCCGACGUUAGUCAUAGUUUCAAGAAUGUAGGAUUUGGGUAUACGCUACAACAUAGGAAUAUACUUUCCCAGUUAAGUUACUUUGCAUAUACAUAUGAAGUAUAUGCUUCAGACGUAUACAUGGAUAUAUUGUACAAGGCAUAAUCAAAUGAUUGUUGAGAAUAUUAAAUAAAUUAUGCAUAAUCAACGUAUAUGUAUAUUUCUUGUUGCCAGGCAACGUUAGUUUCUGGUAGAUGGUUAGCGAAGUAUUCAGGUAUCAACUGAAACAGUAGUAUAAGUGUCCUAAUGGAGUUAAAUGACAAUAUUUUUCAGCGACUGUGAAAUAUAUUUUCGAAGAAAAUUGCUUUGUCACCUGAAUCACCUGUAUGACAUAUAAGGCUGUUUAUUUAUUUUGAUAAUUUUACAUUCAACUGUUCUGCUGAAUCUAUUUUCAUAAGCACAGUUAUCAUUUUUUUUCGUUUUGUUAAAUCAUCACAUGGGCCAAUCCGUUGCACAAAACAUUUUUUCCUAUAACGGUGUUCUGUUUCCACAGGGACUGUGCUGUUAUCAUUAAGAGAUAUAACAGGCGAAGUCAAUGCAAUGUUAUUACAGAAUAUUAAGCGAUAUAUAACAAAAUGUACUAUACAUAGAAUUAAGUUCAGAACAAACUAAACUUGAGUUCUUACAUACGAAAA